GGCUUUCUACACAUGCGCACGGUUGGGUGGGUCUCUUUCCUUCUCGCCGAGCGCCGCCAACAUGGUGUUCAGGCGCUUCGUGGAGGUUGGCCGGGUGGCCUACGUCUCCUUUGGUCCUCAUGCCGGGAAGCUGGUCGCGAUCGUCGAUGUUAUCGAUCAGAACAGGGCUUUGGUUGAUGGACCUUGCACUCAAGUAAGGAGACAGGCUAUGCCUUUCAAAUGCAUGCAGCUCACUGACUUCAUCCUUAAGUUCCCACACAGUGCCCGCCAGAAGUAUGUUCGACAAGCCUGGGAGAAGGCAGAUAUCAAUACAAAAUGGGCAGCCACAAGAUGGGCCAAGAAGAUUGAAGCCAGAGAAAAGAAAGCCAAGAUGACAGAUUUUGAUCGUUACAAAGUAAUGAAGGCAAAGAAAAUGAGGAACCGAAUAAUCAAGCUUGAAGUUAGGAAGCUUCAAAAGGCAGCUCUCCUGAAAGCUUCUCCCAAAAAAGCACCUGCUGCUAAAGGUGCUGCUGCAGCUGCAGCAGCUGCUGCAAAGGUUCCAGCAAAAAAGGUGACCGCUGCAGGCAAGAAGGCUCCAGCCCAGAAGGUUCCCGCCCAGAAACCUGCAGGCCAGAAGGCGGCAGCACCUCCAAAAGCUCAAAAGGGUCCGAAAGCCCCAGCCCAGAAAGCACCUGCUGCUCCCAAGGCAUCUGGCAAGAAAGCGUGAGAACACGAGGGGCGACUAUAAACGUAUAAUAAAGGUUCUUUUUAACACACUGG